AUGUUUCAUCAUUCUAAGAAUUUUUUGAAUAGAAUUGCCAAUUCAACUAUCGAUACAUUCGAUAUUUUUGGAUAAUUACCCAACUUUAGAGUCCUUGAGAAAAAUAAGUAUACCUCUGUAGUCGGAUGCUGUAUGACCUUUAUAAUCGGAACAGCCACUUUAAUUUACUUAAUAACUGAAAUAACAACUCUGUUACAUAGGUCAGAACCAAAAGUUGUUUCAUCUGAACUUCAGAUAUUUGACUCAACAGUAAGUGUCAAUCGUAAUUAAAGUCAUUCCCCCUUUACAAUGAUAACUUCACUCUUGCGGUUACUAUUGCUACUAAAAACUCCGAGCCUAUUUUGGGGCAGUUGAAAUAUUACAACUUGACAAUGAGUCAUUGUGUAAGAGAGAGAUUGCUAAAUUAAACAACUGGCAAGGUCUAGGUGUCCUUAAAGUAAUUUUAAAAGUUAUUUAGCUGUUCUCCAUUGCCUAUCGCCCCUUGCGUUACCGAAGAUUUCGAUAAUGAUUUAUAGAAAGAAUUUUUCAAAAGCACUAGAUUAGGCGUUGUUCAAUGUAUCAAUCGAACCAGGCUUAAAAAUAAUCCUCCAGUAUAAUUUUCACAUUAUCCCAAGGUAUUGCAAGGUCAAAUUUCAGGUUUUAAGUAUUAAUACUUAGUGAUCGAAUUGAGCAUCUGCAAAAAUAAUACAGACUAUUAAGGUUGUGCCCCAAUAGAAGAAAUCAAAAAAGUGUUAUCUGCAGGGCAUUAUUCUGUGUAUGCAAGUGAUUAUUUGAUGCAAUUAAAUCAUCCUGAUACUCCAUACUCACAAUUUAUUAAUUUGGACAUAAAUAGUUUCUCCAUUUCAACAUCUAAAAUGUUAUAAUGGACUUAUAGAAUAUCUGAAACCCACACUGAUAAUGGGUUAUUAUUUACCACAGAUAAUGUAGAUUUAAAUUUAAUAAAAUAAGACAGAAGAGAGUACACUGAAUUAUAUAAUGAUGAUUAUCUUGUUUACCAUUAUAUUUAAUUAGAUUACAAGUAAACAAUCUAACAAAGAUCCUACAUUAAGAUUCAGACAAUAUUAAGUAAAAUUGGAGGAAUUUGGCAAUUGUUCAUGAUAAUUGCCUCUUUAAUUUUAAAUCAAUUAAUUAACAAUCUGAUGACGAUUUCAAUAGCAAAUGAAUUAUAUCGAUUCCCCAUAACUGAAAAGCAAAGACAUUAAAACAUAGAGAUUAUUAAUUUAUAAUAAAGCGAUUAAGUUAUUGAUGUUUAAGAAUAAAUUAAAAAAAACAGAGAAAAUAAUAAUGAAGAAAGACUAUCUUCUGGAAUUUAUGAAUCUCUUCUAAUCCUCUUAGGUAUUCAUAAAAAGAAAAAAAAAAUGUUCACAGAUGUUAAAUAAGAUAUACUCUCAUAAAUGGACGUAGUGAAGAUCAUUCAAAAACUGCAAGAAGUUGAUCUUCUGAAAUUCAUUUUAUUGAAUGAUGAAUAGUAUAAAAUGUUUGACCUACUCCCUAAACCUAUUUUUUAAGAUGAAAAGCUUUAAAUGGAAGAUAUGAGUAAUGAAUUUUGCUCUGAAGCGGGAUAUCAGAAAACCUUUAGAGCCAUUAAUCAUAACAAAAAAUUGUAAUCCAAAAAUCUUAAGGAUUAUUAUUGCUCUUUCUCUUCAUUACAGUAAGACAAAAGGCGAAGCAGUGUUGAUGACAAAUUACUAUCUAUGAUUGAUAGAAAUAUAGUCUAAUUUUUUGAAUAAAUUCAAUUGUCCUAAUAGCGGCAAGGAAACUUAAGUCCAUUGGAUCCAUUGUUUAGGUCAAGAAUAGAUGAGUCUAUCAUUGAACCGAAAAUUUAAAGGCCAAAAUGA